AUGGUUGCUGGCGUGCUCGAGGUUCCAGAGAGCGAGAUUGAGGGCGAGACUGAGGGACUGCUUAUGGUUACUGGCGUGCUUGAGGUUUCAGAGAGCGAGAUUGAGGGCGAGAUUGAGGGACUGCUUAUGGUUGCUGGCGUGCUUGAGGUCCCAGAGAGCGAGAUUGAGGGCGAGAUUGAGGGACUGCUUAUGGUUGCUGGCGUGCUUGAGGUUCCAGAGAGCGAGAUUGAGGGCGAGACUGAGGGACUGCUUAUGGUUGCUGGCGUGCUUGAGGUUCCAGAGAGCGAGAUUGAGGGCGAGACUGAGGGACUGCUUAUGGUUGCUGGCGUGCUUGAGGUCCCAGAGAGCGAGAUUGAAGGCGAGAUUGAGGGACUGCUUAUGGUUGCUGGCGUGCUUGAGGUUCCAGAGAGCGAGAUUGAGGGCGAGACUGAGGGACUGCUUAUGGUUGCUGGCGUGCUUGAAGCGCCGGAAGUCUCGCUGCUGGAUGUGGAUAUCCAUGUGGGGGUGCUUGAAGAAGUGCCAGAAGCCUUGCUACUGGAAAUGGAUGUCCCAGUAGGCAUGCUUGUACUGCUGCUGGAUGUGGAUGUCCAUGUAGGUGUACUUGAAAAAGUGCCAGACGUUUUGCUACCGCUGGUGGAUGUAGAUGUCCACGUUGGGGUACUUGAGGAUGACCCGGAUAUCUUGCCACUGGAUGCAGAAGUGGACGUCCAAGUAGGUAUACUUGAGGAUGACCCAGAUGUCUUGCCACUGGAUGCAGAAAUGGACGUCCAAGUAGGUAUACUUGAGGAUGACCCAGAUGAUGACCCAGAUAUCUUGCCACUGGAUGCAGAAGUGGACGUCCAAGUAGGUAUACUAGAUGAGGACCCAGAGAUCUUGCUACUGCUGGAUGUGGACGUCUCUGUAUGCGUGCUGCUCGUGCCGCUGGAAAGACUAAUUGAUGGGGUAGAGCUAGAGCUGGACCCAGCUGUCUUUAUGGUGACUGGGGUGGAAGUUGAUGAGCUGAAACUGGAUCCCGUAGAUGUUGUGGUGACUGGGGUGGAAGUUGAUGAGCUGAAACUGGAUCCCGCAGACUUCGUGGUGACUGGGGUGGAAGUUGAUGAGCUGAAACUGGAUCCCGUAGAUUUUGUGGUGACUGGGGUGGAAGUUGAUGAGCUGAAACUGGAUCCCGCAGACUUUGUGGUGACUGGGGUGGAAGUUGAUGAGCUAGAACCUAUGGUCUUCGACGUUACUGGUGUGAAAUCCGAGGAGCUAGAGCCCGAAGUCUUUGUGGUAACCCAUGUGGGGCUUGAUGAGCUAGAUCCUGUGGUCUUUGUAUUGGCUGGCGAGCUCGUUGGAGUAGUCUCGGAAGAGCCAGUCGAAUGGAUGCUGGAAUGGGUAGGCUGGCUGCUCGUUGGAGUAGUCUCGGAAGAGCCAGUCGAAUGGAUGCUGGAAUGGGUAGGCUGGCUGCUCGUUAGAGAAGUCUCGGAAGAGCUAGUCGAUUGA